AUGAUAAAACGUAUAGGAGGGCGUACCCUCCAGAACUGCUGCCGGGGAUGCUCAGCACGCAACACCAACUAUACCUCCCCAAUCCGCAGGUAUUCCUCUACCUCGGCUCCUGCUGCGAGUUAUACCAGUGUCUCUUCGCCCAUUGGCAGCCUCACCGUGGAGUUAGACCGGAUUGCGCCCAAGUUUAAAGUCCAAGCAUCCAAUAUCCAGAUCCUGAACUCCCCAGCUGCGUUCUAUGAGACUCUAAAGGAUAAAAUACGCAAUGCAAAACGACGAGUCUAUCUCUCAACUUUGUAUAUUGGAAAAACGGAACACGAGCUUCUUUCGGUCCUAAAUGAGAGCCUUCGCCAGAACCCAGACUUAAAGGUGUCUAUUCUAACAGAUGCCUUGCGUGGAACUCGUGAAUCACCGAAUUCUUCCUGUGCUUCCCUCUUAGCGUCCUUAGUUGAAGAGCACGGGCCGGAGCGGGUGGAAAUAAGGAUGUUUCAUACCCCUAACCUGGUAGGAAUGAAGAAAAAAUAUGUACCAAAGAGGAUAAAUGAAGGAUGGGGCCUUCAGCACAUGAAGCUUUACGGGGUGGAUGAUGAAAUAAUUCUUUCUGGAGCCAAUCUUUCGAAUGACUAUUUUACAAACCGCCUUGAUCGAUACCAUGUCUUCCAGUCGACAGAACUAGCUGAAUAUUACUCUCAGAUUCACCAUGCUAUUUGCAAGUUUAGUUUUCAAGUUCUACCUGAUACAAAGAGCAAACAAGGCUAUGUCUUGAGUUGGCCGGCUACGAAUGCUGCGCCAUCUCCCUUGGAUGACCCCGAAGAUUUUAUAUCUGUUGCAUCAACUGCUCUUUCAAUAUUAAUACAGCCACCAAAGGGCCAGGAUAUUUCUGCAUCAAUGCCUGAUAACCAAACAUAUGUAUACCCUGUGGCCCAGUUUACACCGAUAUUAAAGCCGGACCAAUCUACAGAAUUUCCCGCCGUUACAAGCAUCCUGGGCUCCUUGGCUAAUAACCCAACGCUAAAGAAUUCCCGCUGGCUUUUCACGGCAGGCUACUUCAAUAUGCAUCCCGUUCUCUCAUCUCUUCUUAUUUCAAGUACUACACCGUCCCCUGGCUCUCCAAGGAACCAGGGGACGGUUCUCACGGCAUCUCCAUGGGCAAACGGGUUCUAUGGGUCCCCAGGUGUCUCAGGAAUGCUUCCUGCAGCAUACACCCACCUGUCUGCCAGAUUUCUAGAUCGGGUUGCUGAAGCUCAAAGAACAAAUUCUAUUCAGUUGAAGGAGUGGCGCAAGGGAACUGUGAAUGAGCCUAAUGGCUGGACAUAUCAUGCGAAGGGGUUAUGGGUAACGCUCCCUGACGAGAAAUACCCAAGUCUCACAUUCGUUGGAAGCAGCAAUUAUACCAAGCGAAGCUAUGGCCUUGACUUGGAGGUUGGUGCUGUUGUAGUGACCACAGACAACAACUUAAAAGAAAGACUAGGCCAAGAGACGGAGUGGUUGCAAGAAGAUUCCAAACCUGUUUCAAGGGAAGACCUUAGGAUGGUUGAACGGCGAGUCAGUUGGAAUGUUCGCCUCGCCAUGUGGAUUGUAGAGCGCGUAGGCGGAGCUUUGUGA